UGUGGUUGCGGAACUUGUUGAGGGAAGGAAGAGUGGAGAAGGAGCGGGAUAGGGAUUCAGGCGACGGGUGAAGGUGGAGGUAAUUAUUGGCAGGUAGUGACUGCCGGACGCUCAGCUCGAGCGGCUUAACGAUAUGCAGAGCGUUAUUAACACUGUUAAAGGCACUGCACUUGGCGUGGCAGAGUUCUUGACGCCUGUACUUAAGGAGUCAAAAUUUAAGGAAACUGGAGUAAUUACCCCUGAGGAGUUUGUGGUGGCAGGAGAUCAUCUGGUCCAUCACUGUCCCACUUGGCAAUGGGGAACAGGAGAAGACCCCAAAAUCAAACCCUAUUUACCCAGGGAAAAGCAGUUUCUGCUGACUAGAAAUGUUCCCUGCUAUAAGCGCUGCAAACAGAUGGAAUACUCUGAUGAAUUUGAGGCAGUCAUUGAAGAAGAUGAUGGUGAUGGUGGAUGGGUGGACACAUACCAUAAUUCAGGUGUCGCUGGAUUGACAGAAUCUGUUACGGAGAUAACUUUAGAAAGCAAAGAAAACUCUAAGUGUAUAGGAAGCAGCACUGCUUGCACGGAUGAUAAUGAUGAAGAUGAUGAUGAAGGGGAAGCAGCUGACAUGGAAGCAUAUGAAGAGAGUGGGUUGUUAGAAGAAGCAGAUGAUGCAACCUUGGAUACCAGUAAGGUUGUAGAAGUGAAUAAGCCUAAAGCAGAUUCUGCUGGAGAAGAUGGAAUUCUUCAAACUAGAACUUAUGAUCUCUAUAUAACAUAUGACAAAUAUUACCAGACACCAAGACUUUGGUUAUUUGGUUAUGAUGAGCAACGAAUCCCACUGACUGUUGAAGCAAUGUAUGAGGACAUUAGCCAGGACCACGUCAAAAAAACAGUGACAAUUGAAAAUCAUCCUCACUUACCUCCACCUUCAAUGUGCUCUGUUCAUCCCUGCAGACAUGCGGAGGUAAUGAAAAAGAUCAUCGAAACAGUUGCAGAAGGUGGUGGUGAACUUGGUGUACACAUGUACCUACUCAUAUUUUUGAAAUUUGUUCAAGCAGUCAUUCCAACAAUUGAAUAUGAUUACACAAGGCACUUCACCAUGUAACUCCAAAAGUUUACGUAAUCAAAACAUUCUCAGAAUAAAUUCUGGGCUGGCAAAAUGCUGCUGCCUUUCAAUCAUAGCUAACAGUUUAGUCACUAAUUCUGACCAUUGCUUGUUCAAAUUCAAUUCCCUUUCAAAGAAUGUUCUCUAAUGAGAUUGCUAAGAACUGGUCAAUAUAAAGUCAUUUUUUCCAUGAAACCUACAUUUUGUGCUCCCUUGUUCUACCUUUGAGUAAGCUACUUAAUCAAAUGCAGACUGUAAUUCAUGUUUCCAUUGCUUUUUGACAAUAAGAUGUUUACCUCAAUUAAACUUGUUUAUAUUUGCAGAAUACAAAUAAAAAAUAUGCUAAAA